AUAUCAAGUAUGUAAGUAGAUAAUUACCCUGUGAUGAAGCACCUGUCACGAAGGUUCAUAAUUUGGAUUUCGCUUUAACUUUCUCAAUCUUAAACGUGAUUGUUGUAUUCAUAACGUUUGAAAAGCACGUGAAAUACACGCGCCAAAUCUAUAAUCGACUUCAACCCGCGGGAUGCGAUAUCCUGAAGAACACAGGGAUUUAUUUCAGUUUUUAGAUGUCUUAGUAAGCAUCGGCGGGUCAGGAGUCACAACGAAGAUUAAAAUUAUCCACGUGCGUUUUAUACUAGUUUUGUGUUGUAUAUAAGUAUGUGAAUUUAAUGGGCGCUAGGGUCGUUUUUGCAUGCCUCCGUUGCGCAGCAGAGUAAAAGUGUUAGCACUUGUGUACUUACGGCUUUGAGAGCGAAUGUAAAGCUGCUUAUUACAGGGACCUUCAGGAAAUAAAGUGUUUUAUAUUUCUGCAUCGUUUUGCACUACUAAACCCGUAAAGUGUGUUGGAUUUAUAUUACAAAGUUUAGUAAUACGUUUAGCAGGCUAAGUUAUAUGAAGUCACUAUUUGGUCCGUCGACCAACGACUUACCGACUACGAUUUUGUCAGUUGUUCAAUGACUCAAACCUUUGUUGCUUUAUCAGUAUACUACUAUAUUUUAAUUUGAUUGAUCAAUAAAUAAUUUGGUUCCUAUUAUACAAUUUGGUCAAUUGAUUAACUCAUACCACGUGGGAUACAUAACGGUCAACGUGCCCAUCCGGUCACCAUGGAACGGGCUACAUUUCACUGGGCGGACUAUCUGAUUUUUGUGCUGAUGCUCGUCAUUUCCGCGGCUAUAGGCAUCUUUUACGCCGUACGAGACAAACGAACGCAAACGACAGCGAACUUCCUUUUGGGUGGGCGGCGGAUGUCACUAUUUCCGGUGACGCUGUCUCUCAUGGCCACCUUCUUGUCGGCUGUCCUCGUGCUCGGAGUUCCGACGGAGAUUUUCUACAACGGCACCAUGUACUGGUUGAUUUCUUUCAGCAACUUAAUAACAUUUCCAGUAGCUGCGCACGCAUUCCUGCCGGUGUUUCAUGACCUUGAGCUCACCAGCGCGUAUGAGUAUCUUGAAAGACGUUUUUCCCGACCUGUCCGGAUCCUUGGCAGUGUGAUAUUCCAGCUACAGAUGAUUCUAUACAUGGGUGUCGUACUGUAUGCACCAGCAAUAGCCCUUAAUCAAGUAAUGGGUAUAAGCAUGCUGGUGUCGAUUCUAUUGAUAGGAGCCGUCUGCACUUUCUAUACAGCCAUUGGCGGGUUGAAGGCCGUUAUGUGGACAGACGCGUUCCAGAUGCUCAUCGUCUUCGCCGGCGUCGUUGGCGUCGUCUGGAGAGGCACCAUGGAGGUCGGAGGCUUUACCGUCGUCUGGGAAACCGCGAAAAACAGCAGCAUGCUGCGUGCAGAUAAUUUCGACGCCAGCCCACUAGAGCGUCAUACGUUCUGGACGCUUGUUUUCGGCGGCUUCAUGACGUCGAUGACGAUCUACGCUUCUAACCAGGCGAUGAUACAACGCUACCUCAGUAUGCAGACGAAACGCCAGGCACAAACCGCCCUCUACCUUCAACUUCCGGCUAGUAUCGUGUUCACGACGCUGCUAGUGUUCACAGGUCUCGUGUUGUUCGCGCGCUACCAUGACAACGACCCGGUGAAACUGUGCCUCAUCAACAAGCGGGACCAGCUAAUUCCGUGGCUGGUGAUGGAUGUGCUUGGAAAGGUGCACGGAUUUCCGGGACUCAUGGUGGCCUGUAUCUUUAGUGCGUCACUGAGCACAGUGUCGUCUGGUGUGAACGCUCUGGCCUUGACCUUCCUCACGGACAUAGCGAAGCCGGCGUACAGGGCACUGAAGGGGCGCCACAUGGAAGAGCGGAUGUCAAGUAUCCUGUCCAAAGUGUUCGCCUUGCUGUUCGGUGCAACGACAAUCGCCCUGGCGUUCCUGGCGCAGUUCUUCGGCAGCUUCAUCCUGCAGGUGGCGCUCAGCAUCUUCGGCAUGGUGGGCGGGCCGCUACUCGGUCUGUUCGUCUGCGCAUUAUUCUUCCCCGUCAUCAACUCCUGGGGAGCUUCGGUUGGCGUAAUCUGUAGCCUGGCUGUCACUUCUUGGGUCGCCAUCGGCUCCAUCAUGAACAACUCUGCGCAUGCGCAUGAGAACACGUGCCCGGAAGUGCGCGUAAACGGUAGCGACUAUAACACCACGACUGUAUUCACGACAGCAGCAACAACCGCAUUAGAAGUAUCUUCCACUUUGUAUAAUAACUCUACUUGGAUUCCGACUAGAACCCAUGAAAGCCUGUCUUCCCUGGAUCAAGUCUACCAGUUGUCCUAUAUGUGGUACAGCACCCUGGCCGUCGUCACCGCCGUCGUCGUCGGCCUUGUCGUCAGCUGCCUUACAGGUGGAAACAAAGGGCGGUCCCUGGACCCGCGCUUGUUGUCACCCUGGUACAUCAAGCUGUCCAUGCUGGCCACUGUUGCCCCGCUCAAGAGCGAGAAACGCGACGAGGACGGGGAGCAAAGAAAAGAGAAUGUAGAGAUGACGGACGUCAUGAGUGGGGCGCCUAACGGGGUGCAUGCGCACGAUGCGCGGUUCUAUGGCGUGUAUCAGCGCUCUGACAACAUUGAGGAGUCACGUGAUAACCUGUGACAUGCACCACAUGGUAUUUCCAUGACAACCUGUGAUAUUUAUGUGACGUUCCCAUGCAUAAAUGUGGAAUAGGACGUGUGUUUUCCAUGACAAACUGAUAGAUUGCGCUUGGUAAUCUAUAAAAACGUGAUUUUACGUGAUUUAUAUUUUGAAAACACGUGAUUUCUCAAUGAUAAUUUAUGCAAUUUUUUUUUUGAGCGUUUCAGAUUUAUCAACUCCCCACCAAAAUUCGAUGGAUACAUAAUAUAAAGAUAAAUGAAAAGAUCAACGACUCUUUUAUAUUUUUAUGUUCAUAUGUUACUGGAUAUUUUGCUAUUGAAUACACUCCCAAUUCUGCAUUGUACACACUCGUUAAAACACGUGAUUCGAGACGCUUCUGCUCCACCAAAUAAUGUAUAAUAUUUAUAAGAAUAUCCUUUACUACCUUGUAAACAUGUACACGUAUUCAUUGAACGUGUCUAUAACUCAUAUUAAUCAGGUCACCAGUUAACAUUUGGGUCGUGCUCUGUGAAAAGGGCGUUUAUUGCAUGUGAGUAAAGUAACGUCCCAGUCCGCAAAUGAUAAUCAGGAACGACACUUUCCGCCUGAACUUGAUUUUUGUUAAGAAGAGACUUUCUUUAUACGAAAAGUAUAAUAACAGCGGAAAAUGCCGUCCCAGAUUAGACUAAUCUGGGACGACACUUUACGCACAUGCAUUAAACCCCCUUUUCACAGAGCACGGCUCAUUUUUAUAAUUCGAUUGAUAAUAAAAUCAGUCGAUAAUUCA